CCAUCGCGCAAGGCAAACGAUCCUCUCGCUCGCACAAAGGCGCGCAGGCAGUAAAGCAGAAAAACUGAACCAAGAUCUUAACUCGAAAAGAUCUAGAGCUUGCUCGAUCCACAGAUCCAGGCUCGAGCUAUUUUACAUUUAUACACAUCGAUCGGAGAUCAUCGAUGGGCAACUGCCUCAAGCUGCAGCGCUCGGCCGCGUCGUGGGUGGACGACGACGAGUGGGAGGUGGACGAGCGGAUGCCCGCCGUCGAGAAGAUGGAGCGGGUCGAGGUGAAGAUCAAGGUGACCAAGAGGCAGGUCCAGGAGCUGCUGCAGAAAGCCGGCCGGGACUGCAAGGGGAGCUCGGCCGAGAAGUUGCUGGCGGAGCUGAUGGAUUCCGGCAUCGUGUGCUGCCAGCACGAGACGCGGGGGCACUGGAGGCCGUCGCUGCAGAGCAUCACGGAGGCCGAGGAGCAGUGACGAGUGUACUCGCCAUUUUUGGAUCUGUUCGUAGGAUUAUUUUUUUUCUCCCCAUCUUUAGUUGGUUCGUUUUUAUGUGCAUAUACAGUUGCUGUAGGAGUAUGUAGGUUUUAGAUCGAGAUUCUGUUCGGAGAUGUACAGAGUAUACAAAAAUGCUGAUAGAGAUGAUUUGUUGGAUUUAUUUUUUCUGGUAUUUUUGGUACCGAGCUCU